AAAUUAUUCGACCUCAUAAUUUUUGCUGUGAUAAAGGCUGGCUGUAGUUUUUUUUAACUGUACGUGUGAUGUGGUCUUAGAAAAUUUUAUAAACUUAAUAAAAAAACAUGCUGCAUGUUAGAAUGUAGAUUGUGUGCAUGUUUCAAAGAGUGGUGAAAAAUUAUUUUGAACAUUAUAGGCAGUAAGUUCAGUGUCAUUGAAAGAUCACGAUGCGUAUCGGUUUUGUGUUAUAUUGGUGCGUAUUUGCUCUUCAUCUGUGUAAAGCAGAUGAUGGGGAGCGGACAGAAUCGAAGGACACAGGCCGAAGGGCACAUUGGGGCCCUGUAGCUAGAAGUAGUUCAUUUAUGAGUGACUCCGCGGCUGCAGCAUCGAACGAACUCAUAUUACUGGAGGCUUGCAACAACGAGCCCUCCUGCCUUCAGGACCACGCAGGGCUGGAGGCCAUCACGCAGCUCCACCGGCAGCUGGACGACGACGCCAACGGCAACGUCGACCUUAGUGAGAGCGAUGAUUUUCUCCGCGAAGAGUUGCAGUACGACAGCGGCUACGAGAAGCGGCAGCGUGCCUUCCACCACAACGAUGAUAUGCACAUAUCCGUCAAGGAGCUGUGGGAGGCGUGGCUGCGAUCCGAGGUGCAUAACUGGACGGUUGAGCAAACGGUAGAAUGGCUGUCGGAUUCAGUGGACCUGCCACAGUAUAAAGCUCUUUUCCUUCAACAUCGCGUCACUGGUGCAACAUUGCCAAGGUUAGCGGUCAACAAUAUGCAAUAUCUGAGCAACGUGUUGGGGAUUAAAGACCCCAUACACAAGCAGAAGUUAGCCCUAAAGGCGAUGGACGUUGUGCUGUUUGGACCUCCUAAAGAAGGCAGUCGAUGGAAGGACUGGCUGCUCGCAUCGUUGCUGCUGUGCGCGGUGGUCGGCGGCUGGGCGGCGCUGCGGGCGGGCCGCGCGAGCCGCGACCAGGUGCAGCGGAUGUUGCGCGACAUGGAGCAGCUGCGGAAGGCGGAGAUGGCGCUGGAUAAUAUGCAAAAGGAACUGGAGAAGGCGAGGCUAGAACAGGCAAAUGUCACAACGGAAAAGCAGUAUCUAGAAGAGAAAUUAAGAGAAGCAGGAGAUACACCCCUAUUGAACUCCACUUCGUCGGAUCUUGAAGUUUCGCAGCUGAAGGCUGAAAUUGAAAUGUUGCGCGCGGAGCUGCGGCGCGCGGAGGGCGAGCUGGAGGACCGGUGCUGGGCGCCGCCCGCCGGCCUGCAGCAGUGGCUGCAGCUCACGCACGAGGUGGAGAACCGCGCCUACCUGCGCAAGAAGCAGCAGGCCGACCUGCAGCUGCAGCAGGCGCGCGACGCGUGCGACAAGCUGCGCAAGAAGCGGUCGAGCCUGGUGGGCGCGUUCGUGUCGACGCACGGCAAGUCCAUCGACGACGUGGACCGCUCCAUCGUGGAGGCGCGCACCGCGCUCAACGAGGUCACCCAGGAGCUGCAGGAGCGUAUGCACCGCUGGAAGCAAAUCGAGCGCCUCUGCGGAUUCAACAUCAUCAACAACAACGGCCUGCAGUUCCUCGAGAGCACACUCUACCGCACCGCCAACGGCCGGCAACCUAACAGAGGUCGUAUAAGCAGCUCGCAGGAUGACCUGAGCGUCGGCGACGACGCGUCACUGUGCGGCUCCGUAACCGAUAAUCUCGGGUGGAAGGAAGAUUCAUCAGGUAGCGAGGCGGACUCACCACACUAUCCCUUGGAUUUAAGACUUGCUGAAGCGAGGUUACAGCUAGAAGAGCGUCUAGCACAAGAAGCGCGCGAGAGGCGCAUGGACGAAAGGAGAGAAGAUAGGAGAAUAGCGGAGGAGUAUAAGAGAGGCUCGCACAACGAUGUGAGGAAGAGUCCCACGGAGGACAGGAGGAGAGAACCCGUGCACUUUAUUUUGGGGGGAGAUAACGUGAACUGGACGGGCGAGGAGCUGACGCGCGCGUCGCACACGCAGUCGCAGCCGCAGCUGCGCGCGUCCGUGCGCGGCGCGCCGCUGCCCCCGCCCCGCCGGCCCCCCUCCAGCGCCAUCAUGCGCUCCCGCAGCACGGACGUCGUGCCGCACAACCCCGACGACCCCCGCGCGCCCCGCCCGUUCGCGCGGCAGAGACCGCUCGCGGAGAGCGCGGAGCCGGCCAACCCGCCAGAAGAGGAGUCGACGGACUCGUCGCUGAUGGAGGACGAAGGCGUGCCGAAGCCGCGGAAGCGACGCAUCAAUCUGCCGUUCGGCAAGAAGGCGAAGACGCCCGCGUGACAGAGGCUAGCGCGCACAUGGUUCCUCCACGCUCCCGCUAGGUAGGCCGCGCGGCUCCCCUCGGCCCGUAUACUUGUACUUUUAAAGUCUUCCGAUAAUUUAAAAUGAAAUUAAUUUGAGUGUUACGUUUCGUCUUCUUUAUGUUAGAAUAAGUCACAAAUCAUUUUUUUUUUCUUUGUCGUUCAGACUACAAAUACGGGCCCAGUAUAUCAGCUGUGUGCGUCCGAACCCGCUUUAUCCAUGAGACUGUCGAAUUAUAUAAUUGAUCAUUGUAUAAUGUGUCUUGUUGUCGAAGAUUAGCGCGUUCUUAGAUAAAUGAUAUUAUUUAGAGUACUUAUUGUGUAAUUGCUCCGGUUGACGUUCGCGCCAUAUCGCCCUUAGAAUAAAAUAAAUGAAAUGCCGUGAUUGUUCUUUGUAAACGCGUAUUUGUCCAUGGUUUGAAUAAAAUCAAGAUUUUUUCCUUUUUAGAGUUUUACAAUUUUAGGUAAUUUAUCUCGUUUAUUUUAAACUUUUGUAAAUUUUAAUCCAUUUUGUGUGUAAUCGUUUUAAGUUGGAAUGUUCGUUUCGGUUUAUUUAUUUUUUAUAGUUAGACUUAUUUCAGAAAAAUUCUAAAUUAUUUUGAGUAUUGCUUAGUUCUUAAAAUUUUAUAUUCCGCCAUACAUAUUGCCGCAGUUUUAUGUUCUACUUCUUUUUCUUGAUUUGAACGUUUUGACUUUAAUUUAUUGACUUUAAAACUAAACGACUUAAACAAUUUUACUAAUUAAACAAUAUUAAUAAUAUACUUAAGGAGGUAUAUUUUAUAUAAAAUUUCAUGCAACGGCAAUACUUAUUUAUUUUACUGUCCUUAUUCCUUAUUUAAUAAAUGUUAUGAGUAUAAGUGGAAGAAGACUAGAUAAUUAAUUGUAAUCGUGUUUAUCUUAUGAGAACCAUUCCUUAUUCCAGCAAAAAUUAAUAAAAUUUAUAAAACAUUGUUUAUUUUAUUUAUGUAUUAAAUAUAGAAAUAGAAAUAUAAUCGAAUUAAUUAACUUGCCUUUGAGUGAUUUUGGAGGGGAAGGUUCUUUUAAGACGGAUAUGACAAGUGUGAUGUAAUCAUGGUUGUGUUUAGGGUUGCCAUCCUGAGUUUCCCCCCACGUUAUUGUAGUUCGACCAAUAUAUAUAAACGAAUUAUUAUGAUCUACUGUGUGUAAGUUGACUUAAUUAGUUUUUAAAAUUUUGUUUUUGUUUUAUUUCACCGGCAACCCUAUUUUCAAAGCCUUUAUUUUAAGACCUUUAUAUUAAACAAUCAAUUUAUGAUAUUGCAAUAAUUUAAAUAGUAUAAAUGUUUAGCGCAAUAUUAAUUUCGACCGUCGCAUAUAUUCUUAGAGGUCAUGAAAUUUAGUCUUAUUUUAAUAACAGUUCAAUAUAUCGCAUCAUUCCCUUGGUUUUUGUAGUAUGAUAGCGAUAUCGCCCGGUAGCUGAGUAGAUUAAUUUUAAGAAAUUUGGUGCUAAACAAACGUUAGUAGACUGAAAACCGCGAAUGGCUCAAGUCGCUCUUAUAUUGUUGAUGUUCCUGACGCCAUAGCGCCAACUGAACAGUAUUUUGAUGAUUUUAUUGUAUUGAAAGUGGAUAAUAAAAUGCUUGUGUCAAUUGAAAUACUUGUUAUAUGGCCACAUUGUAAAGUCCUGUACUUAAUUUUGUUUCAUUUUACUGAAUAGUACAAUCAAAAGCCAUACAUAUACGUUGUUUUCAGUUUCCGAAUAUUUAUGAAACUCUGCCGUCUAGCAAUGUCACAAAGUGCGGAGUUACCAGCGUAGCAAUAAUUUAUACACAAUUGAAAUUAAUCAAUGAAAUUGUUUCUGUAUAGAUUCAGAUCUGAUUUAAUAAAAAGACAAAUCGUGAUAAGUUGUUACUUCUUUUAAAGAGUUAAUAAAUUGGUACUAAAAUGAA